AUGCCUGGAGACUUGGAGACUCGGCAGGCAGGAAGCCGCCUCGCAUCCCCCGACCGCGCCUCUAGCGCCCGAUCUACAAUCCUAUCCCUCAUCGCAAUUGCUCGAAUGGUCGUUCAGCUCGAUGAGCGAAGCAAGGCCGACCCCGCCGCUGGCCACUCCCAAAUGGAUUGCGCCAAGGCAGCCUUCGCCACAAACGCCAGGCUUCUUCUCGCUCUGACCGAGGGCCUCGAGAACCAAAACGCCCAAGCAACGCCCGACAGCCCCGUUACACGUCCGUACGAGACCCCUUGCAAGAACGAUACUCGCUAG